UGGCGCUGUCCUGUAAGAGCGGUGCUGUACUGAAGAAGUAUCUGCUGCUGCUGGCUCAGGAGAACUGCGAGUUCCGGUUGCCGGAAAUCCGGUCUUUAAACUCUCUUUUUGGAGGGAAUUUUAGUAAUAUUCAAGAUGACCAUGAAAAGUCUCCAUUCUGUGUGCUGACUAUCCCUUGUGAGGAAUUAGCAAGAAAAAUAAUGAAGCGGACGGUUUUUGUGCAAAAUCUCUGUUUGAACUGUGGGGUCAUGGUAAACGUUUAACAGAACUAAAGCAAUCCAUCCAGAGCUACCAUUCGGAAAGGAUGGUACCAUAUCUUCAACCAAACUCAACGUACAAAAUUAGCAUUCAUAGCUUCAAUAAGACCUUAACACAGAAAGAAAAGCUUAUGAAGAUUGAUGCAAUGGAAUUCAUACCAUUUAAAGGAAGAGUGAGUUUACAGAAUGCAGAGCAUAUAUUCUAUGUGUUGGAGGAUUAUGGUCCAGACCCAAACACUGCACCCGAAGUCCCACUGCAGAUCUACUUUGGCCGGUGGAUUGCAGAUGGACAGCGGGAACUAAUUAAUUCCUACAGUGUAAAAAAAACGGCACUUUAUUGGAAAUACAAGUAUGGACGCUGGCCUGUCCUUCAUUAUGGCAAACCAUGCAAGAGUCAAGCCUGAUGAUUUAGUGUUCGAUCCAUUUGUUGGCACUGGUGGUCUUUUGGUACCUUGUGCUCACUUUGGUGCUUAUGUAUGUGGCACAGAAAUUGAUUACAACACAGCGCACGGGCGAGGUAAAGCAACCAGGAUGAAUCAGAAGUGGCGUGGGCCCGAUGAGAACAUAAAGGCCAACCUACGGCAGUAUGGCUUAGAGAAAUACUAUGUUGACAUUCUUGUGUCUGAUGCAUCCAAGCCCAUCUGGAGAAAGGGACCAUUAUUUGAUGCCAUCAUCACAGACCCUCCCUAUGGCAUUCGAGAGUCUACAAGAAAAACCGGCACACAGAAGGAAAUCAUAAAGACGGAACAGUACCCUGAAUGUCACGUUCCUGUUCAAUUAAAUUAUCAUCUGAGUGAUAUCUUCCUGGACCUGUUGAGCUUUGCAGCCGAGUUUCUUGUUAUAGGAGGAAGAUUAGUCUAUUGGUUACCUGUGUACCGUCCAGAAUAUACAGAGGAGGUUGUACCCCGGCAUCCAUGCCUGAAACUUAUUAGCAACUGUGAACAGAUGCUUUCCAGCCACACGUCUCGCCGCCUGAUAACAAUGGAAAAGGUGAAGGAGUUUGAGGAACAAUAUCAGCGCGCUCAUCUUUUGGAUGAACAGUAUUUACCAUACCAUGGCCACAACUCCUUCCGUGAAAAGUAUUUUAGUGGAUUAACCAAGAGAAUUGCAAGAGAAGAAAAAGCCAAAGUGGGAGAGAAUUCCACAGAUUGCAGAUCUACUAAAGCACCACAUAAUGCUACCAGACAGCAAUCAGCCAACCAAUAA